UUUAAAUGUUUUUAGUUUUCUGUGUAUUUAUCACUAUUUUUUUUAAAUGCUCCACAUUAUUCUUCAUAUGGGCAAACACACAGAGAAGCCUCUUUUUUCUGGAUGUGUUUAUAUCCUGUGUUUUCUUAACCGUAGCUGUUUUCUGAACUUUGAAGUUCUAGGUUUUGUUGGUUCAUGUGUUUGUCACACAAUGAACUUUUAAUUUCAAGUCUUGUUCUUUAGUUCAGCAAAAUUUCAACAUAAUGUAUUAGUAUCUUUGAUUAUUUCUUUCCUUCCAUUUUGAUUUUUCCUCUUUGAAAAUCCCUUGUUUGGGUUCUUCAGUGGUUUUUGCAAGGGGAUCUGAAGUCAAUUUGCACCGAACUAUCACCUGGAAUUGCUGCAGUUCCAUUUUCAACUUCACGAUGUUUUUCUUGGCCAAGAACGCACUAACUCGUCUCCAAGUUUCAUACAUUCAGCAAACAAUGGCAAGGGCGAGCCACCAGAAACGAACACCUGAUUUUCAUGAUAAAUAUGGUAAUGCUGUAUUAGCUAGUGGAGCCACUUUCUGUAUUGCUGUAUGGACAUAUGCAGUGACACAAAUUGGAAUAGAAUGGAACCUGUCCCCUGUUGGCAGAGUCACCCCAAAGGAAUGGAGAGAUCAGUAAUCAUCCCAGCUGGUGUAAUACUGAAUUGUGUCAGAACCAACUCAUAAUUGAUGCCAAGUAAAAGCACUGUGUACCCAUUAAAAUAUGGCAUUAUUGAAAUAAAGUACAUUUGAAACCUUCAAAAAAAAAAAAAA